AUGUCUUCCCAGCCUCUCCUCCAGACCACGCCCGGCAAGCGCAUCGCCCUGCCGACCCGCGUCGAGCCCAAGGUCUUCUUCGCCAACGAGCGCACCUUUCUCUCGUGGCUCAACUUCACCGUCGUCAUCGGCGCGCUCGCCAUCGGCAUGCUCAACUUUGGCGACCGCGUCGCCUUCGUCUCCGCCUUCCUCUUCACCGGCGUCGCCAUGCUCACCAUGGCCUACGCCCUCGUCACCUACCACUGGCGCGCCCGCUCGAUACGCGUCCGUGGCCAGGCGGGCUUCGACGACCGCUUCGGCCCCACGGUCCUGGCCAUCAUCCUCCUGCUGGCCGUCGUGGUCAACUUCGUCCUGCGCAUCCUGGACACCUCCAAGAAGCAAAAGGGUGACAACUAA